UCCUCCCCGUCCGGCGCCGCCGCAGCCCGCAUGUAAGCGAUCGCCGCCCCGCCCGUCCGGCCGGCCAUGGCGUCCACGCUGCUGCGCAGGGUGUGGGGCACCGUGCUGGCCCGCGCGGGGCCGCGCGACCCGGACGCCUCCUCCUCCUCCCCGCGCCGCCGCGGCGCCCCGGCGGCGUCGGCGGCGGCGGAGUACGGGUCCCUGGGCGCGCUCGACGCCGUGCCGAUCGACGUGCUGGCGCAGAUCCUGCGCCUGCUGGGCCCCGGCGACGCGGCGCGCUCCGUCGCCGUGUGCCGCACCUGGCGCCUCCUCGCCUCCGACAACGCGCUCUGGGCCUUCUUCCUCAGCCUCGGCCCCGACCCCUGGGACCUCGUCGUCUUCGCCGAGACCCACCUCGCCGCCGGCCCCGCCGAGCCCCGCAGCGCCGUGCCGUGCCACUGCGUACGCAGCGUCUACUUCGGCACCGUUCGCGUCCCGCCGCAGCUCUCCUUCAAGCGCAUCUACGGACAGCGAGCGCUCGUCCCCGGCUCUAUCAUAGUCGAUGGUGGAUCAGGCUAUUGCAAGUACGGCUGGAGCAAGUAUGCUGCUCCUUCUGGGCGUUGUGCUACUUUUCUGGAAUUUGGUAACAUUGAGUCCCCUAUGUAUGCAAGACUUCGUCACUUUUUCUCGACAAUCUAUAACAGGAUGCAUGUAAAGCCUUCUGCGCGACCAAUUGUUGUUGUCCUUCCCCUCUGUCACUCCGAUGAUACCGAGGCUGCUAGGGCCUCAAGAAGGCAAUACAAGGAGACAUUGUACUCGGUUUUGUUCGACAUGAAUGUUCCUGCUGUUUGUGCUGUUGAUCAAGCACUCCUAGCUUUGUAUGCUGCUAGACGAACCUCUGGUAUUGUUGUCAACAUUGGAUUCAAUGUCACAACCGUUGUUCCCAUCUUUCAAGGUAGGGUGAUGCGUGAGAUAGGCAUUGAAACUGUGGGGCAAGGUGCUCUGAAACUUACUGGAUUUCUAAAGGAGCUAUUGCAGCGAAGGAAUAUUUCUUUUGAAUCACUGUACACGGUUCGGACAAUCAAGGAGAAAAUUUGCUACGUCGCGGCUGAUUAUGAAGCAGAACUAUGUAAAAACACACAAGCUUCCUGUGAGGUGGAUGGUGAAGGGUGGUUCACUCUAUCAGAAGAAAGAUUCAAGAUGGCAGAAAUCCUUUUCCAGCCCCAGAUUGGAGGAGUUCGUGCUAUGGCUUUGCACAAAGCAGUAUCUCUAUGUAUGGAUCACUGCUACAACACAGAGGUGCUCCGUGAUCACAGCUGGUUCAAGACGGUGGUUUUAGCUGGUGGAUCGUCGUGCUUACCUGGUUUGCCAGAGAGGCUCGAGAAAGAGCUCCACAAACUUCUUCCUCCAUACAUCUCAGAAGGAAUAAGGGUUCUGCCUCCUCCAUUUGGCACAGACACCGCCUGGUUCGGUGCAAAGAUGAUCGGCACUGUGAGCACUUUCUCGGACGCAUGGUGCAUAAACAAGAAGCAGUUCCGCCAGAAGUCACGCCACAGCGGUUCAUCUUUAGCGAGUGCAUGGCGAUAGAUCCUGACGGCCGCAGCUAGGAUUGGCAAAGCCAGGGAAAGAGCCAUGAGGUUGUUAUCCUCUAAAAUAUGGUACAGAUCUAUACAGCAUCAGUCCCCAGUGUACAUAACAGAUAUGGUUACAUGUAUAUGGAUGAUAGAUUAUUGCGAGUAAAUAAAAAUGAUAGAUUGUUAUCGGUUAUGGGAUGCUGUGUAGCACAAGUGAAUGCAUCUUGUUGUGCGCAUUUAGUAUGAUUCUCUGUCAUUUAUGUACCCGUACAUUAUUGUUUUGCAGAUGAAAUAAUACCGUCUAUUUAUCUUGAA